AUGAGCACUAGCAACUUUGACAUGUCCGUUGGGGACACACUCAGUAUCUCCGAGACUUACAAACACCUGACGGACGAUGUGCAUAUGGACGACGUGGACACCGACAUGGAGCACAAGUACAUUAAGAACUACGAGGACUCGCAUACAAAAAGGAUGAUUUUCCUCUUGUUCGGCUUCCUCACACUGUGCGGACUGAGGUCUCUACUCGUGAGCAAUUUGGCCUUCGCGCCCCCCCGAGUGCAGGGAUACGAGGUGAAGGACAACCGAUUCCUCUACAAGAACCCGUUCAGUGCGUACGACAUAAAUCAACUCCUGGAACUAAACAACGUAGGUGUAGAGUACAAUAAACUAGUUCAGGGGAAGGACGAAGUGGCAUCCGUCCUCGUAUACAGAAAGCCACUCGACCUGAAUAAACAAAUCAUUUUAUACUCACAUGGAAAUAAUACAGACAUAGGAUACUCAUUUCCAGCCUACUUGAAUUUAUUAUUUAAAACGGACGCAAAUAUUAUUACGUACGACUACAGCGGAUAUGGCUACAGCAAUAAAAAGCCAACUGAAGGGAAUAUGUAUAAGAAUAUAAAAAUGGUGUAUAAUUUUUUAACGGAGACUCUGGGUGUGAAUCCUGGAAAUAUCAUUUUGUAUGGUUAUAGCAUAGGGACCUGUGCCUGUAGCUACAUGAUUAGUUUGAAGGACGUAAAGGUGGGGGGAUGUAUCUUGCAGUCCCCUUUGGCUAGUGGAAUGAAACUUGUAUUUCCCGCUCAGAAGGGGUGCCUCCCCUGUUUUGAUGUGUUUAAGAAUUAUAAAAAUUUACAAAAGGCGUCGCUUGUCCCUGUGUAUAUCAUGCAUGGAAAAAAGGACAUGGACAUUCCGUACUACCAUUCAGUUAUUUUACUCAACCAACUGCGAAAGAACUUUGAAAAGAAACGCAAGAAAAUGAAAACAGUGGGUGACUCUCCUCACAAGAGCGUCGACAUCCAUUCGCUCAUCACGUUCUGGGGCGUUGCCAACUCGGACCACAACAAUAUUGAGUUGGCCAACACGGACAACUUCUACCGCCGCCUGCGCGCCUUCCUCUCGUUUUGCAAGGACUACAACAUGGAGGAGGAGGGGGAGGACGUGUAG